AUGCAGGUAUUCCUCACCAAGGACAAUGACCGUCUCGAGCUUGACCUGGGACCUCUUGCUGCUCUGGCCGACACCACUUGUCUCGGACAUUCGCCUCUGCUGAAUGCUUACCGGAAUGCCAUGCUCCCUUUAUCCUAUGAUGACCUUCCCAUCCGACUAUCCGCCAAGAUCAAACCCGGGGCAGUGUCUCUAUGCCCCCAAGGUAUUCCGCUCCCUGAUCUGACGUGGGAGCUUGUACUCGUGAACAAGGAAUCCGACCCCGACCACAUCGGAACAGGCUGUAUCCUCAAUGCCGACUGGGUGGACAUUGGCCUCAUAAACCAGUGGCGAGGCCGAUGCCGCACAUUGCACGGACCCAAGUGCGGGCAUGCAAUACAACAAGUCCCUUUGCCAACGGGGCCGGCCUGGCUGAUUGACCUCGACAACAAAUGCCUUGUAUCCGGCUCUGCGGGGAAGAGGUUUGUCGCGCUGAGUUACACGUUAGGCCGGUACCCCGGCUUCAUUAUGAAUUCUGAGAAGUUAGUAUUACUGCAACAACCUCACGCAAUCUCAGAGCCUGAAUUCUGGGGCAAUAUCCCACCGACAAUCCGACAUGCAAUGGCGCUGGCCUCCGUCAUUGGUGAGCGCUACCUCUGGACUGACGUGCUCUGUAUCGUUCACGGCGAUGUCGCGGCCACGGCAGCGCAGCUGAAGCUCAUGAGCGCAAUCUACGCCAACGCUGUGCUCACCGUUGUUGCAGCAGAUGAGGAUGCGCAGGAAGGUCUCCUGGGCCUGGAAAAUAUCUCCACUUCUCGCAAUAUCAACCAGCCCGUCUUGCCAUUCGGCAGCAAAGAGCGGAUUGCCGUGCGGGACACAAACCCUCUUAUCUAUCCAGUCUAUCAUAGCAGGGGCUGGACCUACCAAGAGUACCUGAUGUCUCCGAGGAAGGUACUCUUCUUCGAGAAACAGCUACACUGGGAAUGCGAGCACGCCAUCUGGCACGAGGACCAGACACCGGGAACAAACAUCUCACAAUCAUUCCUCCCCCAUCCCGCCCCACGCUUGCAGGUAAUCCUAGCCGGGUUCCCCGAGCUCGGUUCGCUAGAAAGGGUCAUCUCAUCAUACAACACCCGAAACUUGGCGUAUGACCAGGAUGCGCUCCCUGCUCUAACUGGCCUACUCUCCGUAUUCACCCGUUCGUUCACCGGCGCCUUUCUCUACGGCCUGCCCGAAAUGUUCUUCGAUCGCGCGCUGGGUUGGCAUCCCGCCUGGAAAGGGGCAGGCAGUCGGCGACGCACCCCACGCACUCUACCUAAUGCCACCAGCACGACCAGCGCGCUGCCGGAGUCAUCCUUGCCAUCCUGGUCAUGGAUCGGGUGGCAGGGGGAAGUGAGCUGGCCAGCGCGCGAGGCGAGCAGGAUCGACGACAAUGCUGGAUGGCCCUUGGCCGAGACGUUCCCCAUCACGGAAUGGUAUACCUCACGGACACCCAGCGGCUCCCCCAUGCGCCGUGUGCGCUCCACGUGGUUUGAGAACCGAGAUGCCAUCAAGGAUCACACUCGUCCAUUGCCCCUGGGCUGGACGAGGCACGAGGGGCACGCGUACACGCUUACCAAUACGCGGACCAAGGGGGUUGAGUACAACUACCCCGAGGGAUGCGGCAGGUACCACUACAAGCAUCGAAAGCUGACAUAUAAAGAAAGCUCGGGGCAAAAUUCCAAUCUGCUUGACUCUUGGUUCCAUCCAAUCCCAGUUGCAGAUAUGAGGUCGUCCCCUCCAGCUGCCUUUACGAUGCCGGAACAAACACCCUACCUCUUCUGCACAACAAAGCGCUCCUUCCUCUGGGCCCGCCGCGACAGGAAAUACGGAUCCCUGUACAUUGUUAACAGAUCCGGUCAGCGGAUUGGGGCGUUGCAGCUGCAGCUCAAAAAGGAGACACGGGAGAUUCCCGCGUUUCCACCAGAAGCUGAAGGAGUCUCAGAAACACACAUGCAUGCAGAACGCAAUACGUUGGGCAGGAGGGACGAGCUGGGGAGACGCAUUGAGCUUGUUGCCAUCAAUCGACAGAAAAUGUACGUGUUGGCCUAUGAUAAAGAACGGGAUAUGUACCUUGAUCCACCGCGGGUGUAUGAAACGUACACUGUGCUGUGGGUAGAGUGGGAGGAGGGCGUUGCGUAUCGUCGAGGUAUUGGGUCUGUUGAGUCGCGGGCUUGGGAGGAGCAGGACUUGGAGGAUGUAUCACUGGUCCUAGGGUAA